ACUUCAAAAUAAAUGUUAUGACGUUAGACGACCUCGUCCCCGCUGCUUUUGAGUUUACUGAAAAAACAACAGGAAAGGAGAGAGAAGUCAAACACAGCACCCCUCGUCCUGGUUCUCACAGAGAUCAGCAGCAGUCAGGAUUGAAAGAGAAGAAGAAGAAAGAGGGGCCACAGCAGCAGGAGGAGGAGGAGGAGGAAGAGGAGGAGGAGGAGGAGGAGGAGGUGGUGGAGGACUACCAAAGUGACUUUGACAGUGAGAGCAGGACAGGUUACAGCGCCAGUCAGGUUUCAGAGCACCUGCAAGGAGACGGAGAUGAAGAGGAGGUGGUGUCAGAGGUCAGAGACGAGGACUCAGACGUGUCCCGCCGUGGGAGGACAGUGGACGAUUACUCGAGUGCCUUCUCGGACACAAGUCACUCCUGCACCUCACAGACGUCAGAUCACAGUCACACACUCAGCAGCAGCAGAGACUCCAGAUCGUAUGUGUCACGUGACAGCCGGACCUCCUCUCGCCAGUUGAGGAGGCGUUCUUGCACCACGAAGGUUUUAAAAGAGGCUGCAGUACAGACGCAGCCGGAUCCACUGGCUUACACCAGGCCCACUGGUAUUUUUGGUCCUGCAGUGGGGAUGACUUACAUGGAUCCCACCCCAGCGGUGACUCACACUGUCAGUGCAGAAAUGGUGGAAG